UAUUUGCAAUAUCGAUAAGAGAAUAUCGAUGUCCGGAAUGGCUCUGUCAAAAACAUCGAUAGGGCGAUAAAGACAUCGGUGGUUUGACAGCUUUUAUCGAACUCGUUUUAAUAAUUUCUGCGGAUAAGACCUGAUUUUCUUUUGAUUUCCCAUAUCUUUAAAUAUGGAUCCAUCUAGUCAAUUGGACCAGGUUAGUCAGCACCUUUUAGACUUCUUCACCGUGCCGGCUGGCAGCGAUGCACUGCCUCCGCUACGCGUGCGCCACUUCGGUGACACCAUUCGCUACAACAUCUUGGGUCUGACCGAUAAUGGAGACCUCAGCGUUUGCGCCAACGCUCGAUUCUGGCAGACCGUUGUUGCCAAGCAGAGACGCCAGCUUCGCAGCGGCACGGAUGACCUGCUGCCGGAGAACGAGGAGCUCCAGUCACUGAUCGAGAACGCCGCCAAGUGGCGCUUUCCCCUCAAGGAUGCCACUUCGUUGUCUACUGGGCGCUACACCCUGAGCUUUCAGCGACUUCCAAUCAUUGAAUUCGUCCUUAAGAAUGUGCUGUCUCAGGGCGGUGAUUAUGGACGGCGCCGCAAGACUGAGCAGUCGCCCACAUUGACCUUGGUUCUUGAGAACGCUGGUGAAGGAGCAGGCGGGCUGCGCCACUACCGCUUGCAGGUAAUCUAUGAUAUUGUGCGUCGCCUGGUUGAGUACUCGCCUUGGCAUCUGGUCGAUUCAAAGGAUGCGAAGAAGGACACACUCCAUGUCCAUGUAGAGCUUCAGAAAUGCAGCCAGCCGGCGCUAAAAGAUCACGUCUGCCUGGUCGCUGGACCCGUAGUGGAGCCUGUCCAGAAGACGGGCACGAAGCUGGCCCUGGACAGUUAUUUGGAGCUGCGCACUACGCACAUGCGCCAAGUGGCCAUGCACCGCAAUGGAAUUCGUCCCUCGGGCAUCAGCAACAUGGAUACCUUGAUGAAGCGUUUGGGGGCAGCUGCCGUCAUUGUGGACCUGAUCAGUGUGCGCCACCAAAGCGCAGUCACUCUGGUGCGGAAUGGACUGGGAAGCUCCAAGGGCGCUUCGUACAUACUGUACAAUUCGGCGCGCUUGGAGACUCUGCUGCGCACCUUUGACGACAAGGUGAAGGCCAACGUGUAUGAUCCAUUGCCGCCACUGGAGGCGAUUGAUUUCAGCAUUUUGGAGGACGAUUUGGAUUGGCAGCUAAUUUACGGGUAUUUGCUGCCCUUCCCCGAUGUACUCGAAUCCCUGCUGGAGCAACUGCCGCAGGGCUCCUGCGGUAUCCACAAGUUUGUGCGCUACAUUGAGAAUCUGGCCGGCGUCACCAGUCGCUACUACCGCCACAAGAAGGUACUCGUCCAGAAGCGCGAACAACUGUCACCAAUCCUGUACGCCAGAGUCUAUCUCAUCAUGACCGUGCGCCAGGUCCUUAAUGUGGUGCUGGCCGUGCUGGGCAUCCAGCCAGUUGACUACAUCUAAAUGAGAGAUGCUCGAUCCUGCUCUUAGCUUGUAAUUGACUCGUAAUGAACCGAAUACUGUCGAUCAGUAUGAGGGGGUUACAGAAACAUGAAUGAAACCAAUGUGAUCUAAUGACUAAGAAUUUAUAUAACAACUCACCCCAGUUAAAAAAGAAGGCCAUCAAUGUAAACUGGAGUUUUUAUGUGUUUUUAACACGGAUCUCUUCUGCAAACUCCUGGCCUUCAAGAACUUCAACCUUUGCUAAAUAAAUACCCUUACUAUUUAAACAUAAAUAUAA